UACAUUACUAUAAGUGAACAAUUUGUUGUAGUUUAACUUGAAAACACAGCAGACUAGACCCUUCAGUAUGGGCGCGCGCAUCAGCAUGCAAAAGAAUGAGCGAUUCUGAAGAACGGAAGUGGACCGACCAUUUUGAAACCCCGCACCGCCUAGCACAAUGGAUAAGGGCCACACGGUUAAGCUCUUCGUAGGGAAUCUGGCCUUGGACACCACACAAGAAGAACUUUCUGCCAUUUUUGAGUCAUAUGGACAGGUGGUGAGCUGCAGCGUGUUGCGGCAGUUCGCUUUCGUACACCUGCAGGGAGAGGGCGCUGCUGAGCGGGCCAUCCGGGAGCUUAAUGGCCGCGAGUUUAAAGGCCGUAACCUGGUGGUGGAGGAGUCCCGAGGACGUCCACUCCACUCAACCAAGGUGUUUGUGGGUAAUCUGAGCAGCAUGUGCACAACCGAAGACCUCCAGGAGCUGUUUCAGACCUUUGGAAAAGUUUUGGAGUGCGAUAAAGUGAAAGGUUAUGCCUUUGUACACAUGGAGAACAAGGAAGAUGCACUACAGGCUAUUGAAGCACUGCACGGGACAUCCUUCAAAGGACGACCGCUAUCGGUGGAGCUCUCAAAAGUUCAGCCAAGCAAGCAGACUCCCACUGGGAAAAUCCCAUGUGUAAGCUGCGGUAAACAGGGUCACUAUGCAGGUGAAUGUCCAGCUGGUAAACCCACCCUGGAGCAGUACCAAAGCCAAGCUGCUGUGUUAGCAGCUGCCGCUGCUGCUGCUGCCGGCCUUCCACUGCAGGUACAACAGAGCGUCCACAAUUCAGUCUACAACACCUCCACCUUUGACCCCACCUACGCUGCUCUGACUGGACUCACAGCUGCCGGUGCACGGGCAGAAGGUGGAGCCGCCGUGGCACCAGCUGUCUAUGGAGCGCUAGCUAGUCAAGUGUACGGGACAGCGGUUGCCAAUCAGCUCUACGGUGGGUCGGUUGCAAAUCAAGCGCUGAACAGUAGUGCGGCUGCAGCUGCGGCGCAAGCCUAUGGCACUGUUAACCCUGCGCUGUACGGGCAGAUGACCAGCGGUGCGGUCGCGGCGGCAGCAGCAGCUGCUGCUGCAUAUGGUCCACAGGUAGGCUUUCUGGUUUACACACAAGCAGUAGGAAAUCCAGUUUUCCUAACUGCAGCACCAAGUAUGGAGGUACCGGCUGGCGCCGCUGCCGUUAACCCAGCGUAUACGGUAGCACCGGCUCUCUACAGUGCAACCCCAGCUUAUGGGGCUCUGGGGGCUGCUGACCCAGCAGCUAUCUUUGAGGCAGCAAGGGCGCACUACUUUGCACAAGGACAGCAAGUGCUUGCAGAACAGCAACAGGCCAGCUCAAAGUCUGGAGAGAGGGACCGGAGUCCUCUAAGAAGAUCUGCGCCUCUACUGCCAGACCCCGUCAUGAAACCGUUUAUAUAUCAGCGGGCCAAGCGCAGAGCCCUGUUGCCUACACCAGCGGGCCGUGAAGAAGCCGCCGCACAGGAGGAUGACCCUGUAGCCAGAUACUAUGCGGAGUACUACCAGCAGUACCAGCAGCUGCAGCAGUAUCCUCAGUACCAGUACGCGUACCCCGCUCACAGCGCACUCGCGGCCAUGUCCGCGCUGCAAUCUCUGCCCGGUGUGUCAGCUCAGCAGGUGGCGACGCUCGACUCGCUCAGGCCAGUGCUGCCCGCCGCCCCCGUGCCUGCCGCUGCCGCCAUCGCCAUGGCAACACCCCGCGUGUAUGAGCCACCGCCGAUUCCGCCGUCGCACAAGGAGCCCCUCCUCCGCCGCCCCGAACUCGCCCUACACACCCCUGAAACACCCUUCCGAUAGUGUGCUCCACGUCCUCUCUGCCUCUCCUUUCCUUGUGCUGCAAGUGUGUGUGUGUGUGCGUGUGUCAGAAAGAAUCCACAGGUGUUUGUUUAUGACGUGUGUGUGUGUGUGUGCUUGGGUUUAAGACGGUGGCCGUGUCGGUUUUAACUACAGACUGGAGUCUCUAACCUUGGUUCUGAUCACACACACACACCAGUCAGUCAGGGCUGAAAAGGGAAACUGCAUGCUCUCAUUCCUGCACACUUAACCAACAUAGUAACACAUCGUCUGUUUUAAAGAAACCUUCAAUCCAUCGCCGAUUAGUUUUGAAGGUGGGGUGGGGGGGUAGGUUAGGCACCUAGCCAUGAUGAUGCUUUGUAACUUUUUAUAUUCCUAAGUGUUUGUAGUCUAUAUAAUGAAUACUGGACUUGAUAUUUUUUUUUAAAUACUGCUCGACGAUAGAGUUCUAUAAACUUAACCAGUUUACACGUUAUUUUAGUUACGACUUCAAAAGCAUAAGUUGAAUGUAUGUUUACUCCAAAGGUGUGUGAAGUGUAGGACCAGGGUUGGACAGUAUUUUUUUACAUGUCUUUUGUGUGUGUUUCUUGUUUUUCUCUGGGACUGUGGUGUAGCGUGUACGCUUUCCAUUGGUUGUCCUGACAGGAACGCACACGUGUACACGUGCACAGGGAAGCAACCUCGAUCCACACGCACAUGCAUACACAUCCCUCACACGUCAGACGGGAGAAACUUUUAGUGAUGACCUCUAACCCCCACCCUUCAUCCCUGUCCACCCAUCCCGAAAGCUGAAAGACACUGUGACUCUCUCCCCUCCUACUUUAAUGUAGCUACUUCCAUAGAUAUGGCGAUUAUUUGGGAAACAACCAAGCAGAGGAAGGUGUAGCUAGUCAGCUGGGAUCUGUCUUAUGGGAGCGUCUUCAUGCUCGCCAACUUAACUGCCAUGAUGCAUUGUAGAAUCUGUUUUUUUUUUUAAACAUGUCUUUUUAUUAAUGCUAUCAUGUUUUUAUAAACCGUGACAAGGGACUCAAGUAUCCAUAGAGACGUACUUCUUUUAAUUUUUUACUUUUGUUUACACCUGCAAGAGGGACGACGUGUUCUUUCUUGUGGCUUUUUCCACAGUGAUUGUUUAUAGCCAAACUUCUCUUUUUUUUAAUAUAUAUAUCUAGAAAAACAGCCAAAAUCAUGAGUGGCCUACGAUUCUUAUGCCUUAGUAGUGAAAUGUAUUAAAGUUUUGCUCUAUUUUGUAGUCUUACAAUGUGAAACUGGAAUUAAGGCUACGCGGAAGUGCUGUAUAUUAUGUGGUGCUGUGAUUUGGGAUUAAAUGAAUUGGGAGAUUCCUAUCAGUUU